AAGUGUCAAAGUAGACUGUUGGAUAUUUAACAUCUGGAGCUCAGGGGACAGUGUAGAGGAAGUAAUAACUGAUAUUGUAAAUCUUCCAGAAAGAAAUGGUGCAGGGAGAAAAGGACUCGUGAGGGCUAAAGGGCGGACAAGACAGUGAACUAAAGUGGUUGGGCCCCGUGAGGGGCCUUUGCUCUCCACCAGCGUGCUCUGACUUCCUUCUAAAGGAGACUGAAAUAGCCUGGCAAGUGUGUGCAGCAGACCCUCCAAGCUCGCUAAGCACGCAUGCCUCCAAAGCUGGCCUCCCGCCACUCCCAGCUGGGGCCCGGCCUGCGUGGGUCACUAGGCGGCAGGCACGUGCUGGGAAAAUGCUGGAAAGGCUGCGGGAGGGCCACGCCUGCGCGGUAGCGGGCCGUCGGUUGGGCGCAGACAGGCCCCAGAAGAUGGAGAGAUGGAGCCACCCCAAGAUACAAAUAGGCCUUUCAGCACACUUGAUAACCGCAGCGGGCGGGUCCAAGCCAGGGCCCCCACCCCGCUAUUGCAGAGGAAUCCCUACAGCAGCCCGGAUGUCAUGCACAUGAAAGGGUCAGACGCUUCUUCCGUCCCUUACACCCUGGACCAGGGCACGAUGGCCCUGCCUAAGGACAAGAACAAGGAGGGCACCGGGCACCGGCUGCUGAACAUGCUGAAAAAAACUCUUAAAGGGUCUGAUAGUGAAGAACUGGAAAUAACACAGGAGACACCAAAUUUGGUGCCAUUUGGGGAUGUGGUUGGCUGCCUGGGCAUUCAUGUAAAGAACUGCAGACAUUUUACGCCUAACAUCAGUUUACAACAUUAUGCUAAUUUAUUUAUUCGCAUCUCUAUAAACAAAGCUGUGAAAUGUACAAAAAUGUGUAGCUUGCUAUCCAAAGACAGUGAGAGGAACACUGUAAUUAAGUUCGAUGAAGUGAAGUAUUUUUCUGUACAGGUUCCCAGACGUUAUGAUGAUGAGCGGAAUAAUAUUUUAUUGGAACUCAUACAAUAUGACAAUACAGAAAAACGUGCCUUCUUGUUAGGGAGUGUUCAGGUACACCUUUAUGAAGUAAUUCAGAAAGGGUGCUUCAUUGAAGAAGUCCAAGUGUUGCAUAGAAACGUAUUUGUCUGCAGGCUGGAGGUGGAAUUUAUGUUCUCCUAUGGAAACUUUGGUUAUGGAUUUUCACAUCAGUUAAAACCUCUUCAGAAAAUUACUGAACCAUCCAUGUUUAUGAAUCCUACACCACCUCCAGAAAGAACAGAUCCCGUGACAAAAGUUAUUACACCACAGACAGUAGAAUAUCCAGCAUUCUUAUCCCCAGACCUGAAUGUUACUGUUGGGACUCCAGCUGUGCAAUCCUCCGACCAGACAUCUUCUGUAGUGCGACUUGAAAAACUUCAGCAACAACCCCGGGAAAGGCUGGAAAAGAUGAAAAAAGAAUAUAGAAAUCUGAAUACAUGGAUAGACAAAGCUAACUAUUUAGAAAGCAUUCUAAUGCCAAAAUUGGAACAUAAGGAUUCUAAGGAAACUAAUGUGGAUGAGGCAUCUGAAAACCCGAAAAGUAAUCAAUCUAAAGAGAAGCUUGAAAAUGUUGCAGGAGUAGAUAUCCCUCUUGUAAAUGAGGAAGCUGAAACCACUCCAAAUGAGUUACUGGAUAAUGAUUCUGAGAAAGGCCUGACUGUACCAACUUUGAACCAAUUGGACCAAGAUAAUUCAACUGCUGAUACUUCUAAAAGUGAUGAAUCAACACCUUCACCCACAGAAGUACACUCAUUGUGCACUAUUUCUAACCAGGAAAUAAUAAAAGCAGGCAGAGUACCACCUUUAGGUGAACAUCAAUCAGAAAGCAUGCCAGACAGAAAAAUGAAAAAUGUGUUUUUUCCAUCAGAAGUAAAAUUAAAAGAUAACUAUCCAAGCAUUUUAAAAACAGACUCAUCUCUAUCAGAGGUAAAUUUCAGGAGUAUCUGUAUAAAUCCAAAGAGAAGGAACUUAGUUUCAUCUCCAACAGAAAUUAGCUGGCAAAACAACAGUCUUAACUUAGCUGAAAGGAAGAACACAGGCUUAGUUUCCACCAGAUUAAAAAUUAAAAGGUAGCUUUCAAAGCCAAGACCCAAAAGAAGGCCUUGAGCUCAAGGUGUCUGCCCUUAUAUUAGAAGUGUAAGACUAGGGACACAAAAUAAUCUAUUUAAAAAAAUUAAAUACAAAUAAACUGAAAAUGCCUUCAAAUGUCUCCAAGUGGAAAUGUGUCUAAGUAUAUUAAAUAUUCCUACUUUACUUAUGUCAAUCAAGAAAUAUGGAUAAAAAACUUUCAAGAAAAGCAAAGUGAUUUGAGAUGCCAGUAAUACAAAUUAAUCUCAUGGGUUGGUAAUUCAGCUGAAAGUGUAACAACAAUAACAAAAUGUAAAUUCAAAGGAAAUUUAAAAGCCUGGGAAGUUAUUUCAGUGGAAAUUCUUAAUACAACUAUUAUAUUAUAGGAAAUAGCAUAUGUUCUCCUUAUUACAAAUAAUUUUAUAGUUUAAAAUGAGAAUAAGAGUGUGAAUUUAAAGGUACAUCAAAUUCUAGACUUUCUCAAAAUGACAACAUUCUACUUACAUCUUUAUAUCUUAUUGGAAUCACUAUUACAGGUAGUUCAACAAAUGAUAUAAAAAGAUACAUAGGUCAGAAGAUAAAGAAUUUGAGUUCUAAGUAAGAUUAUGCUUCUAAAUACUAGCUUGGGCAUCUUAAGUCUCUAGAUCUAUUUCUCUCAUUAUUUGAAUGGUAGAUCAGACUAGGUCAUUUCUAAAUUCUUUCCCAAAUUUCAAAAGGUAUAAUUUUAACUGGGAAUUAUUCUCAGUUACCUAUGUCAAUAGCUUAAUUAAUACAACUUAAAAAUAACAUUCUUGUUUUUUCUAAAUGUUCUGAAAGCAAUGCACAGUCACAGAAAAUUUAGAAAAUGGAGAGAAAUGUAAAAGAGAAAAUAAAAGCAGUUAUAAUUCUACUGCUACAUUUAACAAUUUUAUUUUUAGUCUUUCUUAUGCAUAUAUACAUAUAUCUUUUAUGAAUUUUAAAAGCUUGAAUCAAAAUAGACAUAUAAUUUUUAUUUUUUGACUUUACAUGCAUGCCACCUGAAUUUUAUUAAAAAUUUGCAAGAUGUAGAAUGUCCUCAAAUAUUAAUAUUCAUAAGUUUUUAAACAGUUUUCAUAUUGCUGGACAUUAAGUUUGAAAUUAACAUUCUUUUUCUUAUUUAUUUGGAUCUGUGUAUCUGUGAUUAUCUCCUAAUGUAUUUACAGAAAUGGCGUGCUAACAAAUUGCUCUCCAGAAAGACUGUACCACUUUACAUUCUUACCAACAGUAUUUGAGUAUUAAUGGUCUUUUAAAUAAUGAUUAACACUUUUUCUUGCUCAUUAGUCAUUUUGGUUUUCCCUGCUAUGAGUAGACAGAUCAUGUCCUUUGUCCAUUUUUUUCUUUUGAAGACUUGGGGCUUUUGUUUAGGUUUUAUAAUGAGCUCUUUUGAUUUUCAAGGUAUUAACCACUUGUAUAGGCACAUAGUUUGUAGUUUACCUUUUAUGUAUUACAUUCAAUCUGACUUCCAAAAUAUUCAAUUUUCACUUGAUAAGUAAGUUAUUUAUUGCUGUAUAACAAACCACUCCAAAACCAAGUGGAUUGAAAAAAAACAUUUUAUUAUCUCUCAA